UUGCCGCACAUUCGACCUUAUUUCUACGAGUUCGGAGUUCAUCUGCUUCGUUUGAACAUCAGAGAUGCUGAAGCGAUCGGUGCUUCCAUCAUCACAACGUUUAGAUCUCGUUUUCCGUUGAUAAGAAAAUUGGCAUUCGGGACCGGUUCGGAGAGUCAGUUCGUCGAAAAGCUGUUGAGAAAAUUGGACGACAGCGAAUUCCAGUUGGCGAAGCUCAUAGGAGAAAGUGCAGAAGAGCAUGCGAGGUGCAGAGACAGGAAGCGGCCGAAUAAUCCCAACAAACUCAUGGCUGCGUACCUGAGAUCCAAACGCAGUAACGUGAAAGCAGUUUCUUCGUAAUUAUUAUUUUCAAUAGUGUGUGUAUAUUGUAUACGACGAUGUCGUUGGAGUCUCAAAUUCAACGAUUUUUCGCUCGCAAUCAGCCUUAAGUUUUGAAACGGGAUUUCAUUCGUUCUGCACAGUCCUGCCUGUAUUACGUUAUAUUGGCUGUCGAAGACCAGUCGAAGACGCGUGAUAUAAAUGACAUUGUUUUCAAUAUUCAUGCAUUUUUGUACGCUCUUUUUUUCUACGAUGAAGUGCGAAAAUUGUGACGAGAUGAUGGAUGUGUGCGUGUUUGGCGUAAUAAAUGAUUGUGAUCCAGUUUGAA